GGUCCCUCCUGGCCACUGUCCUCAGGCCUCAUUGGCCCCUGAUCUCCCCAGUAACCAGGCCACAACAGUGAGCUUGGAGCACGAGGACAGGUCAGGCAUCCCCGCAGGAGCCGCGCCCUCUUCGGCCGAGAUGCGCUUGGGACUUUCGGCAGGGACCAUCCGCUCCGAGGACGAAAGCGAGGCCUUACAGGAGGGAAUGGCAGAUUGGGAGCUGAGCACAUUGCAGAGGCAGUGCAAGGUGAUAGAAGGCGAAAGGCGGGCCCACAGCAAGGAAGUCCACCAGCGCAUCAACAAGCAACUGGAGGAGAUCCGGCGCCUGGAGGAGACACGGGCCAAGCUCCAGGUGCAGAUCAGUGUCGCCCAGAGCCAGGUCAAGAGGCUGCGGGACAGUGAGCGGCUGAAGCGCAUGGGCCGCCUGCUGAAGUGCCAGGCCCAGGCCGAGGACGAGGUCAGGGAGCUGCAGAAGAAGACCAGAGACCUGGACAAGCAGAUCCAGGAGUGGGAGUUGAGGAUCUUUGUCCAUCGAAAGGACGCCAGGGCCCCGGGAUUCAUCAUGGAUCAGAAGGUCAAGAUCCGGCGACGGAUCAAGAUCCUGGAAGACCAGUUGGACAGGGUCAUCUGUCGCUUUAACACCCAGCUGGUGCGGAACCAGGCCCUGCGGGAGGAGCUGGACCUCCUGCGGAUCGAGCGGAACCGCUAUCUCAAUGUGGACCGCAAGCUGCACAAGGAGAUCCACCACGUGCGGCAGGCAGUCAGCACUCUCAUCGUCAACUCCACCGCUGCCUACAGCAUCAGGGAGGAGGCGAAGACCAAGAUGGGCCUGCUGCGGGAGAGGGCGGAGAAGGAGGUGGUCCAGAACGAGACUGAGGUGCAGGCCUUGCAGCGGCAGAUAGCGCACCUGGAGCGGCUGCACGGCUUCCUCAACCUCAAGAACCACGACCGGCAGCCGGACCCCGCGGUGAUGGAGAAGGAGGGAAAACGGGCCCGGGAGGUGGCCGAAGGCCUGCGGAAGACCUCCCAGGAGAAGCUGGUGCUGCGAUACGAGGACACCCUCAAGAAGCUGGCCCAGCUGACCGGGGAGAGCGACCCCGACACGUUGGUCCAGAAGUACCUGGAGAUCGAGGAACGAAACUUCGCUGAGUUCAACUUCAUCAACGAGCAGAACUCAGAGCUGGAGUAUCUGCAGGAGGAGAUAAAGGAGAUGCAGAAAGCCAUGGUGAGCGCCCGCGCCAGCGAGGAGGGCCGGAGCUCGCAGCUGGAGCAGGAGCGCGCGGGGCUGCGGCAGCGCACGGACCAGGUGCAGGCCGAGGCCGAGGCCCUGCAGGCGCAAGUCCAGGGCUUGCGGGGGCAGCUGGAGCAGCUCAAGUAUGAUAUCCAGCUGCUCUUCACCAAGGCGCACUGUGACAGCACCGUCAUCGACGAGCUCCUCGGAGUCAAGAACCACAUGCGAGAUCGGGAAAUUGGCCUCUUCCUGGGUCUCAUUGAGAAGCGGCUGGUGGAGCUCCUGACCGUCCAGGCCUUCAGCGAGUUCAAGGGCUACACCUCCUCCAACUUGGCCAACGCUGCUCUCCUGGUGCUCGGCCAGAGCCCCGAGGAGCUUCGGAAGAAGGUCCCCCCACCUCAGCCUCCUGACAACAUGGAGGACCCUCCAGGUUUUGAGGUCAAAGAUGAUUAUCCUAUGAGCAAGGAGGAGCUCCUGAAGCAAGUAUUGAAGUCGCUGGAGGCCCGGGAGCAGGCCCGGGAGCAGCACCAGAAGGAUCCAGCAGAGACCAUGAGGAAGACGGAGGGCAAUCCAAGCAUGGGCUUCUCCAGCUCAGGCACAGCCCUGGCGACCACCAGGAGCCCCAGUGUCGUCCCCGGGUCCAUCCUGAGCCAGAGGACUAGCAUCCUGGCAUCCAGCGGAGGCCGGGCCACCAGCUCCAACAUCGGCCACGUCACCUUCGGGGUCCCCAGCGCCAGCAUGGGCCAGGCAUCCUCCCGCACCUUCGGUGACCCCAGCUCCAGCAUCAGUGGGGAGCCGGUGUCCAGCCGUGGCACCCCCAAGGCCCUUGGCUCCAGUGGGGGCCACGUGACCUUCAGGCCCAUCAGCUCUGGCAGCUACUUGGACUCCACUGGAUAUGUGGUGUCCAGCCGAGGCCAAGAAAGCCUCAGAGAUGCAGAGAGCAGAGGCGCAGGGUCGGAAUCCAGCGGCGGCCCCAUCUCAAGCACUGGCCCAGCUUCCAGCACUGGCCCUGGCUCCACCACCAGCAAAGACUCCCGGAGCUACUACUAGGGCACCCAAUCCCCCCAGCCUGUCCCUUGCUCCUUGCGGGGGCUCCUCUGUGACUCCCCACCUGCCUCUCCCUGUUCUGGGGCCUCUUGUCUCUUUGCACUUCUUCUCCAUUUUGUCCUUAUAUCUGCUGCUGUUCACCCUUCAUCAUCCCCUCCUCGCUGACUCCUGGUCUCUUUCCCGAUUUCCCAUCCUCCUUUCCCUUUCCGUCUCCUGAUCUCCUGGCCUCUUGGUUUCCCAUCCAGCAUCUGUCUUGUCUCCAUAAUUUAUCUCCCAUCUACCUCUGUUUCGAUCUCUGUAUGUCUUACCACUCUGUCAAUCGUCCCACUGCCUGUGCCUGCUCCCCUCUCCUCGUCCCCAGGCUCUCCUGGCAUCUCCUGCCCCCCUCUCUGUGGCGCCUCAUUCCUCACCCCAGUACUGACCAGUAGAGGGAAGAAUCAGGGCAAAAGAUGUUAGGUCCAGCAGGAGCUGUGGCCACAGGAAAUUAAACGAUCCUGCUUUUUACCCCAGCCUGGUUCCAGAGGCCUCUGUGAGACAGUGAACUUGAGCCCCGGCUAUUUCCUCUCCCCUCAGCCCAGAGAACUUAUGACCCUGUUCAUAAGUUCAUUCAUUCAUUUGUUGAGACUGUUACAAUCCAGGCCCUACUGGGGACUGGGAACUGUAUCAGUCAGGAUAGGCUGGGUUAUGCUGAAGUAACAAACAACCCCAGGCUCUCAGGGGUCUAAUGCAACAAAAGUUUAUUUCUCUCCAUGGCUAUUUUGCUCCACUGUGGGUCAGCAACAAUGGAAGAGCCACGAUCUGGAGUGUUGCUAGUCCCUUUGGCACCAGAAAAAGAGAAAAUGGCAAAGCAUGCACUGGCUCUUCAAGCUCUUGCCUGUAUAUGAUACAUGUCCCUUCCACUUACAUUCCUCAGUCAAAGCGAGUCUCCUGACCAUGCCUGACUUCCAAGAGGUGUAGGGAAGUGCAACCUUUCUUUGCGUCUGUUAGGAUAGAGUGGGAGGAAUAUUUGUGUACAGCCCUGGUACCUACCACAGGGUCACAGAGAUGAAGCAGAUGGUCCUGUCCCAUGGUGGGCAUGGGUUUGGGAGUGAGAGGAACUAGAACACCAUGGAAAACUCAUUCCUGUGCCCUGUCCAAGUUUAAUCCAAACUACUCUGCCCAAAUCCAAACAAAUAACUCAUAUUCCACUUCCUAAUCCUGGAUAGCAAUAAAUACUCUGUGCCUCAUUCCUCUUAAAAUGGGCUGAUGAUAGAACAUACUUCAUAGUGUUUUUUU